CAUGAGCAUCAACAAUUCGACAGUCCCCGCCCGCUCCUAUAUCCUCACGAUGAUCUGCCGAAGCUGCCUGCGCACAGCUUCGCGCUCAAUAACACUCCACGAUCAAUUCGCCACCGUUCGCACCACUGCGCCUCGAUUCAUCUCUACAACCACCACCCGUCUCAACGCAACUCCCAUCUCCGCAAACACCGCUACCGCAAGUGCUCCUCGACAAGGCUCUUCGACAUCUUCCCAUAACCCUCCCGCUGCGACCUCGACAUCCGCCGCACAACCAUUCAGCGAGCCCAUCACACCGUCAGCCUCACCAGCAGAGAAGCAAAAUGCUGCAGCGGCGGCAGAGAAGAAGGUGACUCCACUAGUAAGGAGCUCAGUGGCUGCAGGGACGCCAUUGAAAGGCCUGAACUUCUUCAAAGACAAAACCGAUCCCGUUGCAUUGGCCGAUGAAGAGUACCCCGAAUGGCUAUGGACAAUACUGGAGAAGCAAGAGAAGAAGGAUGAAGUCGACGCUGGAGAUCUUUUCUCGAAAUCGAAGAAGCAGCGUCGUCUGGCUGCUAAACGCCUCCGGAAACUGGAAGCUGCUAACCCUGGCUACAAUGCUCCCAAGAUCCCCCUGUAUGAGCAGACGAUCGAUCUACCCGCCAGCGAUGGAACCCCGGUUGGUGCAUUGAAGGCUACCGAGGCGAGAGAUGGGUUGACUAAAGCCAUGCGGAACAAGAGGCGGGCGGAUAUCAAGGAGAAGAAUUUCUUGAAGGCCAUGGGAUAA